AGCAAGCGAUCGUUGAAAGAGAUGCCGCUGCAGUCUGCACUUCGAUCCCUGUGUUUUCUUGAUCCUAUCAGCUUCCUCUCAGCUGGGCUCGCGCCGCGUCAACUUCCGGGCGGGUGCCCGCCACCACGGCCUCCGCCGCUCCCCUGCUUUGGCCCCUUUGUGUCCCUGCAGUGUCGAGGCACCGGCCCUGGCACGUCCUUUCUCGAGGCAGGGAGCAUCUUAGUACAGGGAGCCUCUCACUGUGGGCGGGCGCGCGGCCCGCAGGGGAGUUAGCGUGGGGAACGUGCCCGCGCGUGCUGGGAUAGUUCAUUUAAAGCUCCAAACCCCACGAAGUGGUAGUUUAUAUCAAUAUGAAUCUUUUCAACCUGGACCGUUUUCGCUUUGAGAAAAGAAAUAAGAUUGAGGAAGCGCCCGAAGCAACCCCUCAACCCUCCCAGCCUGGCCCUUCUUCACCAAUUUCUCUUAGUGCUGAAGAGGAGAAUGCUGAAGGGGGAGUUAGCAGGGCAGGCACCCCUGAUUCAGAUGUAACUGAAAAAACAGAAGAUUCUAGUGUUCCAGAAACUCCGGAAAAUGACGGAAAAGCAACUAUAUCAUAUUUCAAGAAUCAAAGAGGAAUUCAGUACAUUGAUUUGUCUUCUGAUAGUGAAGAUGUUGUUUCCCCAAAUUGCUCCACUACAGUUCAAGAGAAAAAAUUCAACAAAGACACGGUGAUUAUAGUUUCUGAGCCAUCUGAAGAUGAGGAGUCCCAAGGCCUUCCUACCAUGGCCACUAGAAAUAAUAAUGAUAUUUCAGAAUUGGAAGACCUCUCGGAAUUGGAAGACCUUAAAGAUGCUAAACUUCAGACCCUGAAGGAACUUUUUCCACAAAGAAGUGACAGUGAUUUACUUAAGUUGAUUGACUCAACAAGCACUAUGGACGGAGCAAUCGCUGCUGCCUUGCUGAUGUUCGGCGAUGCAGAGGGUCUUUUUAAAUGCCUUGGACAGUUCUAUAAAUCUACAAAGAGUCUCCAAAUUCUGAUGUUGGACAUUGGUUUUACCACAAAAUACAGUCUUUUAUAUGCAGUAUCAUCCUGCAUAUUAAACAAUAAAGAAGGUGGUGGACCCAGGAAAAGAAAAUUAUCUUCUUCUUCAGAGCCAUUCGAGGAAGAUGAAUUUAAUGAUGAUCAAUCUAUGAAAAAGAAGAGACUGGACCAUGGAGAAGAGUCAAAUGAAUCUGCAGAAUCUAGCAGUAACUGGGAAAAGCAGGAAAGUAUUGUGUUGAAAUUGCAAAAGGAAUUUCCCAAUUUUGAUAAAGAGGAAUUAAGGGAAGUACUCAAGGAACAUGAAUGGAUGUACACAGAGGCUUUAGAAUCUUUAAAAGUAUUUGCAGAAGACCAAGAUAUGCAAUAUGCUUCACCGAGUGAGUUUCCAAAUGGAAAAGAGGUUUCUUCAAGAAAUCAAAAUUAUCCUAAAAAUGCAGCUAAAACAAAACUCAAACAGAAAUGCUCCAUGAAACCACAAAAUGGUUUUAACAAGAAACGUAAAAAAAAUGUAUUUAAUCCUAAAAGAGUUAUUGAAGACUCUGAAUAUGAUUCAGGUUCUGAUGUCGGUAGUUCGCUAGACGAGGACUAUAGUAGUGGUGAAGAAGUGAUGGAGGAUGGCUAUAAAGGUAAAAUCCUUCACUUCCUUCAAGAUGCUUCAAUUGGUGAACUUACUUUGAUUCCUCAGUGUUCUCAGAAAAAGGCUCAGAAGAUAACAGAACUCCGGCCCUUUAAUAGUUGGGAAGCUCUGUUCACAAAGAUGUCCAAAACGAAUGGCUUAUCAGAAGAUUUGAUAUGGCACUGUAAAACACUGAUUCAAGAAAGGGAUGUAGUUAUAAGGCUUAUGAACAAAUGUGAAGACAUUUCAAAUAAACUGACAAAACAAGUUACCAUGCUCACUGGAAAUGGAGGUGGAUGGAACACAGAGCAACCCUCCAUUCUAAACCAAAGUUUGUCACUCAAGCCCUAUCAGAAGGUUGGUUUGAAUUGGCUGGCAUUGGUACAUAAACAUGGACUUAAUGGCAUUUUGGCAGACGAAAUGGGUCUGGGAAAAACUAUUCAAGCCAUUGCAUUUCUGGCGUACCUCUAUCAGGAGGGUAAUAAAGGUCCUCAUUUGAUCGUUGUUCCAGCAUCAACUAUAGAUAACUGGUUAAGAGAGGUUAAUUUAUGGUGCCCCACUUUAAAGGUGCUCUGUUACUAUGGUUCUCAAGAAGAACGUAAACAGAUUAGAUACAACAUUCAUAGCAGAUAUGAAGAAUACAAUGUAAUUGUGACCACGUAUAACUGUGCCAUCAGCAGUUCUGAUGAUCGUAGUCUAUUUCGUCGGCUGAAACUGAAUUAUGCAAUUUUUGAUGAGGGCCAUAUGCUGAAGAAUAUGGGCUCCAUCCGCUACCAGCACCUUAUGACAAUUAAUGCAAAUAACCGUCUGCUGCUCACAGGCACACCUGUGCAGAAUAACCUGUUAGAACUCAUGUCGCUGUUGAAUUUUGUUAUGCCACACAUGUUCAGUAGUAGCACCAGUGAAAUACGAAGAAUGUUUUCUUCUAAGACAAAAUCAGCAGAUGAGCAAAGUAUAUAUGAAAAGGAGAGAAUAGCACAUGCAAAACAAAUUAUAAAACCAUUUAUUCUCAGAAGAGUAAAAGAAGAGGUUCUUAAGCAGCUGCCCCCCAAAAAAGAUCGAAUUGAGUUAUGUGCAAUGUCAGAGAAGCAGGAACAACUUUAUAUGAGUCUCUUCAACAGAUUGAAAAAGUCUAUCAAUAACAUGGAAAAAAAUACAGAAAUGUGCAAUGUCAUGAUGCAAUUGAGAAAAAUGGCCAAUCAUCCUUUAUUACAUCGCCAAUAUUACACAGCUGAAAAACUCAAGGAAAUGUCUCAGCUUAUGCUAAAGGAACCUACACAUUGUGAGGCUAACCCUGACCUGAUCUUUGAAGAUAUGGAAGUUAUGACAGACUUUGAAUUACAUGUACUUUGUAAACAGUAUCGACAUAUUAAUAACUUCCAGUUAGACAUGGACUUGAUUUUAGAUUCUGGAAAAUUUCGAGUUUUAGGAUGCAUCUUGUCUGAAUUGAAGCAGAAGGGUGAUAGAGUUGUAUUAUUUAGCCAAUUUACCAUGAUGCUGGAUAUUUUAGAGGUUCUCUUAAAACAUCAUCAGCAUAGGUACCUCAGAUUAGAUGGGAAGACUCAGAUUUCUGAAAGGAUUCAUCUAAUUGAUGAAUUUAAUACCGAUAUGGAUAUCUUUGUGUUUCUGCUGUCAACAAAAGCUGGUGGCUUAGGAAUAAACCUGACUUCAGCAAAUGUUGUUAUACUUCAUGACAUUGACUGUAAUCCUUACAAUGACAAACAAGCAGAAGAUAGAUGCCAUAGAGUAGGCCAGACGAAAGAAGUACUAGUUAUAAAAUUAAUAGGCCAAGGGACAAUUGAAGAAUCCAUGCUAAAAAUUAAUCAACAGAAAUUGAAACUAGAACAAGAUAUGACCACAGUAGAUGAAGGUGACGAAGGAAGUAUGCCAGCAGAUAUAGCCACAUUACUAAAAACAUCAAUGGGCCUGUGAAAUGAGAAUUGUUAAUUCCUGACUGAUGAGGAAAUAUCAACUUGGUGCACUCAAGGACAUUUACAUUAUGAUGACCGUGGGGUUUAUGAACAUUUAUAACUUUUUAUAAUUUCCAUAUUACAUUUCUCAUAGUAUGGACAACUUUUUUGCCACUAACUGAAUUCUCCAGAUGCUCACAUGUGAAAUUUCAAGAAAAGCCACGAAUAUGUAGUCUUGAAGAUGUUAAAUAAUCAUUUUACAAAACAGUUUUCUGAAUGGGGAUUAGUUGGUGAUUGUUUGUAACAAAUACGCUAAUGCUUUAGAAAUGUCAGUAUUUUUGUAAUUAUUUCUACCUCCAAAUAUAUAUAUAUAUUGUCUUUCACUGGAUAAUGUGUGUAGAUUUUUACAUGUGCCUUAUUUGACAAUGCUUAUGUCUUGUUUUUGCUCGUCUCAUUUGAAGUUUUUUUUUAUUAUGUUAAAGAAUGCAGCUGUAUAGAUUAUAUAGCUUUCAUUUUAUUGCUAUUUGAAACAGAUGUUCACCACUAUCAACAAGAACUCAACCUGAAUUUAAAGGUGGCAUUCCAUAUACUAACCCCUCCGCCCAGGGCCUCCCAAGUACUUCUGUUAACACAAAUUUGUUUGGCUAGGCACUAAGUUGUUUUCCAGUGAAUAGUAACUGAAGAAGCCUUUAUCUUGCUCCAUGAAGUAAAUCCUUCUGUUCAUUUCCCAACUGCACUAACUGUGCUUACUAGUCUACCUAUUCUUGUGCAUGUUUUCAUUAUUUUCCCUCCCCUGGCUUUUGCUUCUCUUGAAACUGUUGCCCAGUCAUUUCUGCUCCAGUUCUCUCUACUCUAAAUAGUAGUCUAUUCCUGUCACAUCUCCACAUAUCAGCAAAAUGUUGGUGACAUUUUUCUAGCCUGGCAGAACAGAUUAGCAGGCUGUUUCACUUCAAAGCAGACUGUGACUUCAUUUUAAGGCAGCAUUAGGUACUGCAUGGAAAUAGGUCAUUAACUUUGAAUUCUUAUCAAAAUAUAAUUUACCACUUUGCAGAAUUUCCAGUACAGGACCUCCUGAAGAAAGGGCCAUUCUUCAAUUCCAAUUCAGUGUGGGUGACAAAGUGAAAUUUAGAAGUAAAGUUGUCUACUUGAUAUUUAACUCUUUAUUAAAUCUUUCUUUAAAUUUUUGCCUGUUGGUCUAUAUUGCUGUUUUUAUUAUGCAUCAGUUUCUUUGUAUAACUUGUGAGUUUCAUGUGUUUUGUUUUAUUAUGUAAAUAUCAUUAUAAAUAAACUUAUUUAUAAAUCAAA